AUUCACCCAACACUCGAGAGAAAAGACACGUGGUGAGAUUCGCCAUCAGCGCCAACCGCGUGGUCUCUUUUGCUGUGAGCCACUUCCUGUUCUUCUGUGAGCCCGUGUGGAUGUUGUGGCUUUAGGACUGAUCAAUCAAAUUACUGACUCGCUCUUUACACAGAUAAAACCAUGAACCAAGAGAAACUAGCCAAACUUCAGGCCCAGGUCCGGAUAGGUGGAAAGGUAACUACUAUCAUCUCUACUGUUAAAAUCUACAUUUUUGUUAUGACACAGGCAUGACUAAAUUGUAGUCCCUUCCAUAUCUGGGAAUGUUCAGGGUUGAAGGCAGCUUUUUAGUAGCUUAUCUGCCGGUCUGUUUGGUUGAAAGGCAUUAGACUUGUCAAAGCAACUGGCAGUCCCCCUGAGCACAUUACUCCUAUUAUGAGCAGAUGCUUUGGCCCAUCCGGCCUGGCUUUGUCUCUUACUGUUUGGUAAGGGCCUCGUUGUGUCUCCUCUCCACAGCUAGAUGGCACUAUUGGUGUGGCCUAAAUUUAACACCUGCCAAAUGUGUGUUGAUUUGUGUCAUUGGCGGCUAUAAGGCGCUGACUAGACCAGGCACGUAUGUGCGCAGUCGUGCACGUGUUGGUUUUUGUCCACCCACAUCAGACGUGAUCAGGACGCAUGUUGAGAUAUCAAAACAAAGAUUUAACCAGCGAUAUUAAUUUGGUGGACAGGUAGAAAAGCAUUAAACAUUUAUGGAAAUUUAGCUAGCUAGCUGUUGCUAGGUAAUUUGUCCUGGGAUAUAAACAUUGGGUUGUUAUUUUACCUUUAAUGCCCAAGGUCCUCUUCUCUGACAAUUAAUCCACAAAUUAAAGGGGGAAACCAAAUAUUUUUCUAGUCAUCUCUCCUCCUUCCAGGCUUCUACUUCAGUCUUUAUGUGGCGGUUGACAACCACCUUUAAGGUGCAUCACCACCAACUGGACUGGCGUGUGGACCUCAGUUUGUUUUUAAAUCACCCACGCGGGUAAUUUACUCCUAGAAACUAAUGAGGAGUUGAGAAAGGAGGGACUUGCAGCACGUGAACCGUCACAAAUAGAAACGAGUUCUGUUUUAGUGCCUGGCUACGCAGACGCUCGCGAGCAGUGUGGAUGCAAUGAUUGAAUAAUGUAUUUUGCAACACUCGCAAACGUGACGUCUAAAUAAAGAACUGACAGUGUCACCAGCAAAGCACCAUUACACCUCCUCCAUGCUUCACGGUGGGAACCAUACAUGCGGACAUCAUCCAUUCACCUACUCUGCGUCCCACAAAUACACAGCAGAUGAACCAAAAAUCUCAAAUUUGGACAGAUUUCCACCAGUCUAAUGUCCAUUGCUUGUGUUUCUUGGCCCAAGCAAGUCUCUUCUGUGUCCUUGAGUAGUGGUAUUUCCGAGGCUGGUAACUAAUGAAGUUAUCCUCUGCAGAGGUAAAUCUGGGUCUUCCUUUCCUGUGGAGAUCCAGUUUCAUCAUAGCGCUUGGUGGUUUUUGCGACUUGAAGAAACUUUCAACGUUCUUUAAAUUUUCUGUAUUGACUGACCUUCAUGUCUUAAAGUGAUGGACUGUCAUUUCUCUUUACUUAUAUGAACUGUUCUUGCCAUAAUAUGGACUUGGUCUUUAACCAAAUAGGUCUAUGUUCUGUAUGCCCCCCUACCUUGUCACAACACACCUGAUUGGCUCAAACACAUUAGGAAGGAAAGAAAUUUCACAAAUGUAACUUAACAAGGCGCACCUGUUAAUUGAAAGGCAUUCCAGAUGACUACCCCAUGAAGCUGGUUGAGAGAAUGCCAAGUGUGUGCAAAGCUGUCGUCAAGGCAGAGGGUGGCUACUUUGAAGAUUCUCAAAUAUAUAAAAUAUAUGUUUUGAAUUUACACUUCACUUAACACUAUUUCAUAGUUUUGAUGUCUUCAGUAGUAUUCUACAAUGUAGGAAAUAGUCAAAGUAAAGGAAAACUCCUAGAAUGAGUUGGUGUAUAAUCAUUUGACUGGUACUGUGUAUAUAUUUUAUUGUUUUCUACCAAACCUACCACCCUUUAAUUAUAUAUUAAUUUAAUUAAAUAAUUAUAUGAUUGACUAUUUCAAAUCACCCAGUUAUCUGCAGUUCGCUCCAGGUAAAUGUUUGUGUUGUCCUCAGGGAACAGCUCGCAGGAAGAAGAAGGUGGUUCACAGAACUGCAACAGCCGACGACAAAAAACUACAGAGCUCCUUGAAGAAACUGGCAGUGAACAACAUCGCUGGGAUUGAGGAGGUGAACAUGAUAAAGUACGAUGGCACAGUGAUCCACUUCAACAACCCCAAGGUGCAGGCCUCUCUGUCCGCCAACACGUUUGCCAUCACAGGCCAUGCAGAGAACAAACAGCUGACAGAGAUGCUCCCAGGCAUCCUCAGCCAGCUGGGGGCAGACAGCUUCACCAGCCUUCGCAAACUGGCAGAGCAGUUCCCACGCCAAGUACUUGACAACAAAGCGAUGUCGAUCAGCAAACCAGAAGAUAUCGAAGAGGAGGACGAUGUUCCAGAUCUUGUAGAAAACUUUGAUGAAGCGUCAAAGAAUGAAGCCAACUAAUGAAUCCAACUUCAGGCCCUUUUUACUCAUUACCCUCUGCCCUUCCUCAGUAUCAUCUAUUCAGAACCCACUGGGUACCCCCCCAAUAACCUAUCUUCUACCCAUUACACACCUCUCUAUCGUGUGGACUCAAAGUGGGAUCUGGUCAGUAAGCUGUAGCAUGACUUACAGAAUCUAUCAUGGAGAACAUAUGAGUGUCAGAGCAGUCACCAUUCCUAUUCUCUCUCUCAUGGCCUCAAUACACCCAGACCUCCCCUCUCUCUCUCAUGGCCUCAAUACACCCCAGACCUCCCCUCUCUCUCAUGGCCUCAAUACACCCCAGACCUCCCCUCUCUCUCUCUGCACAGCUGCUGUUGAAGGAACAACAUUGUCCAGUGUUUUAGCCUCAAGGCAAAUCAAACUGGUGUUGUCCCAAAUGGCUCCCUCUUCACUACUUUUAAACAGGCCCCAUCGGGGAUUUUAGUCAAAAAGAGUGUACAAUGUAGUUGAGAAUAGUUGACCAUUUUGGUACGGCGCCAGUAUACCAACCAACCACCAACUGUAACACAGCAAUCCAUGUCUCGUAUUUUAACAGGUGAUCCUAUUAAUGUCUACAUUCCCUGAAUGACUAGGGCACCAAGUACCCAGAAUGACCCCCUGUCUAGUGCACUACGUUUUGAUUAGAGCAAAGGGGGUGCCGUUUGGGAGGCCCAAUUACUAUCAGUAUAUCUAUCAGACAUGACGGUCUAGGCCUUACUGUAGGGUGUCAACAGGUCCUGGUGUAGGCCUUACUGUAGGGUGUCAACAGGUCCUGGUGUAGGCCUUACUGUAGGGUGUCAACAGGUCCUGGUGUAGGCCUUACUGUAGGGUGUCAACAGGUCUAGGCCUUACUGUAGGGUGUCAACAGGUCUUGGUGUAGGUCUAGGUCUUACUGUAGGGUGUCAACUGGUCCUGGUGUAGGCCUUACUGUAGGGUGUCAACAGGUCCUGGUCUAGGCCUUACUGUAGGGUGUCAACAGGUCCUGGUCUAGGCCUUACUGUAGGGUGUCAACAGGUCCUGGUCUAGGCCUUACUGUAGGGUGUCAACAAGUCCUGGUGUAGGUCUAGGCCUUACUGUAGGGUGUCAACAGGUCCCGGUCUAGGCCUUACUGUAGGGUGUCAACAGGUCCUGGUCUAGGCCUUACUGUAGGGUGUCAACAGGUCCUGGUCUAGGCCUUACUGUAGGGUGUCAACAGGUCCUGGUGUAGGUCUAGGCCUUACUGUAGGGUGUCAACAGGUCCCGGUGUAGGUCUAGGCCUUACUGUAGGGUGUCAACAGGUCCUGGUGUAGGUCUAGGCCUUACUGUAGGGUGUCAACAGGUCCUGGUGUAGGUCUAGGCCUUACUGUAGGGUGUCAACAGGUCCUGGUGUAGGUCUAGGCCUUACUGUAGGGUGUCAAUAGGUCCUGGUGUAGGUCUAGGCCUUACUGUAGGGUGUCAACAGGUCCUGGUGUAGGUCUAGGCCUUACUGUAGGGUGUCAACAGGUCCUGGUGUAGGUCUAGGCCUUACUGUAGGGUGUCAACAGGUCCUGGUGUAGGUCUAGGCCUUACUGUAGGGUGUCAACAGGUCCUGGUGUAGGUCUAGGCCUUACUGUAGGGUGUCAACAGGUCCUGGUCUAGGCCUUACUGUAGGGUGUCAACAGGUCCUGGUCUAGGCCUUACUGUAGGGUGUUAACAGGUCCCGGUCUAGGCCUUACUGUAGGGUGUCAACAGGUCCCGGUCUAGGCCUUACUGUAGGGUGUCAACAGGUCCCGGUGUAGGCCUUACUGUAGGGUGUCAACAGGUCCCGGUCUAGGCCUUACUGUAGGGUGUCAACAGGUCCCGGUCUAGGCCUUACUGUAGGGUGUCAACAGGUCCUGGUGUAGGCCUUACUGUAGGGUGUCAACAGGUCCCAGCCCUGCCAGACAUCACUCGUCUUAUACAAAACAAAACAAAAUCUUUCUCCUGUUUAUUAAAAGCCAAAUAAAUCUGUGAUCAUGAAUA